AUGGUGAGAGAGAAGGAGAGAGAGAUGAAUGAACCUCAACAAAGACUCCUAUUGUUUGAAGAAGCUUUCCUUAACAUUGUGCCGUGCGUUAACAACUGCGGCGUUACUGGAAACCCUGCCACCAACAAUCUCUGCCAGAAAUGCUUCAACGCGGUCUCCACCUCCGUUUUCGCCUCAAUGUCGACAAUUCCUCAUAAAUUCUCCGACAAAUCUCCUAGAUCUAUCGUCCGGAUGUCGUCGCCGGAAACAACGUACUCUAACCGACAUGAUUGCAGCUACGACUACAAAGCUGCUGGCCGAGAGGCGACCGCCCGAGAAAAUCCCAUGAAGGCCGCUAAGAUCAUCAAACUUUAAACUAGAAAAAUAACAAACACCAAUCUAUGCAAAACGGGAGGAGGUUGCUAUUAUUCGAAGGAAUUAUCUCGCUC